AUGCAAAAUAAACCAAAUUACACCAGGAGAAUAAUUAUAGUGUCAUGCACCAUUAUAAUAGUAUCAGUAUCAUUAUUGGUGUUAGGAAUAGUAUUAUCAGUAGGUAAAUCAAGGAAGAAACCACUAAAACAGGAGUAUCAAAUUGAGACGAAAAGAAAGACCCAGAAAACAGUGAUAAAAACAACAGCCAAAAAAGGAGUCCUAUUUCAUGAUAGUGAUAACAUGUACUACAACAAGAACACUAUUCCAAUGACAAAGAAACCAACCACGUUUAAAACACUCUUCGCUCAUGGUGGAAUAAAGAAUGCAGAUGAAAUCAAUAAUGAUGUUGAUGAAUUGGUUAAUAGGGGCAAAAUAAACAGGAAUAUUGUUCAGGCAAAUUACGAGUACUACAAUAACAGUGGUGUACAGGUAAAGAAAAUGGAUUUCUUUGCGACGUACGAUGCAUUCACAAUUGGAACUGAUGUUUUCAAUCUGACUAAAUUCCAUCUACCACUCUUCAUACCAGAUGAGACGUACGCCCAGUACUCAAUUCCACGGGCAUACAUCAUGUUCAUGAAGACUAGGCCUACGUAUAUUGAUAAGAUGAAGGAAGUAGGCCAAACUAUAAUUACGAAUAUCAACAAUGAUGCUGUUACGCAACAAGACUACUUGCAGUACAAGAAUAACACAUUGGAACACUUCUAUGCCAUAAUAGCAUCAUAUGCGCAAUUUGGAUUAAGGGAAACAGCCAUUGGCAUCCAGGGUGCACUUAAGAAGAAGGUUGAAUCAUUAGGAGAGAACUUCAGUGGGGCAGAAUACGCCAAUAUCAGGAAUGUGAUGAAUAAUGUACCAGAGGUAUCAAUUCCUAAAUGA